UACCUGUUUAUUUUUAUGAAAUUUAUCCUGCUAUUGCCUCAGGCUGCCCCGUACAUUUAGACAGAGGAGAACAUGCAGAAUCAUAUCCGGAAAAGUCCUCCUUAUUUUUAUAAUUUUUAUAAUGUAAUCACCUUGAGCUGUCGAAUACAAUUAGACAGAAAAAAAAUAUGCCGAAUCCAAUGCGAAGAUGAAUCAUCUUCGAUCGGUAUAUAAGCAGGCCGCCUACAUCGGAGGCUCCAGUACUGCAAUAAUCCUCAGCAGCGAUGAUAUUUCUGUUUUUGCUUGUCGAGGUGUUGAUUGGAUCUGCCGUUGCAGAAAUCCAUGCAACAGUAUGGACCCAAGAAAUGGUCCAGAACCUUUUCACUGCUGCCGGCGAAGUUGGCGCAACAGUUCCCGCGAUGAUUGCUCAUCACGGAUACAUGGUCGAGACUCAUCACGUGACGACGUACGAUGGUUACAUCCUCCAAAUGCACCGAAUCCCCGCAACUCCCACAAGCCCUGCAGCUACCAACAAGAGCGCUGUCUUCCUGAUGCAUGGCCUCCUGAGUAGUUCUGCCGACUGGGUUGUCAUGGGCCCUGGAAAGGGUUUAGCUUACAUCCUAGCAGAUGCUGGAUACGACGUGUGGAUGGGCAACGCGAGGGGAAAUACAUACUCGAAAAAUCACACAACCAUCACCGAUUUCGCCGGUAAAGAGUUCUGGGACUUUGAAUGGCACCAAAUCGGCUACUACGAUCUCCCCGCCAUGAUCGACUACACCCUGACCAACACAGGGCAGAGGAAACUGAUAUACGUAGGCCAUAGUCAAGGCACGACUUCGUUCUACGUUAUGGCAUCCGCGAAACCCGAGUACAAUGACAAAAUUAACGUCAUGUUCUCUUUGGCGCCAGUUGCUUACAUGGGCAAUCUGAAGAGUCCUCUGUUGAGACUGACAUCCACUCUUGUGAAUACUUUGGAGGCAAUUUUCGAUCUUUUCGGCGAGUAUGAGUUCCUGCCUAAGGGCGAUUUAAUCGGCUUGCUUGGUUCGAAAUUUUGCCACGACGACGCUCUCACUCAGUUUCUGUGCAGUAAUGUACUCUUCCUCAUGUGCGGAUUCAACAAAGCUCAACUGAACACCACAAUGCUACCAGUCAUAUUCAAACAUACUCCAGCUGGUGCGUCAACUCGUCAACUGGUUCACUACGGUCAAGAAAUUAUGUUUAGAAAGUUCAGACAGUACGAUUAUGGCCCAGUGCUCAACUUGCAUCACUAUCAUAAGAUCACACCACCGAAUUAUAAUCUUGGCAGGAUUAGCGCACCCGUUCACUUGCUCUACAGUGAUAACGACUGGAUGGCUGCUGUAUCAGAUGUUGAAAAAUUGUACUCUGAACUUGGUAACCCGGUUGAGAAGUACCGGAUCUUGGACGGCAAGUGGAACCAUCUUGAUUUUCUGUGGGGAAUCAAUGCUAAAGAACUUGUCUAUAACCACAUCCUGACUACUUUGGAAAAUCAAUAUAGUAAUUAGGUGACAAUGAAAUCACCGUUUACGGUUACCGAUUGUGAAAAAAUGAAAUAAAGUUCUUCUCGUACGAACGGGGUUUUAAUUGAUUCUAAUCAGUAUCGAAUGAUUGGAUUUUAUGUAACCUGAUUGAGUGUAAGAUAUCAAUUUCUGAAAAUAUGUAACGUAUGAUUUUGAUAUUGUUGGACUAUCUGAGACGAGGUUAGACGUGAAAUAUUAUUACCAUAAGCCGAGAAUCCAGGCGU